GGCCGCCGGGCGGCGAGGCCGUCUCCCCCUCCGCGGCGGGAGCGGAGUGCGGCGGCCCGCGGAGGGGGCGGGGAGGAUGACUUCAUGCCGCCGGAGCGCCGUGAAUUUAGGAGCAGCAGCUGCCGCCGCCGGCGGCGGGAUGUGGGGGUGAAGUGACAGCGGGAGCUGCCGCCGGCUGAGGGAGGAACAGCGCCGGGCACCCGCCGCGCCCGGGGGCUCUGGGCCGCCACCAGCAGCCGCUGCGGGAGAGAAGGAGGGAGGGAGGAAGGAAGAUGCGCUGAGCCGGUCGCUGAAAGUUCCCUCCAAAAGCGGCGAGGCUGCGCUCUCUGAAGCGCCACAGUGUUGCGUUUUAUCUUCCAUGGCCAGGAUGUGCGGUGGCUCGGUGCCAGCUCCUGCUCUCCGUGCCCGCGUCGGGGCACCCUGUCAGUGGCGUAGCACAGGACGGGGGCGAGAGCGGGAGGGCUGCGACAGGUGCGGGACUGCGCCCCGCGCUGCCCGGGCUCUCCCCAGUCCGAUGCGUGUUCCUCAACUGACGGGGAAGACAUCUUAGGGCAGAAGGGCUUCAGGGGAACAGAAGCAAAAAAAGAUGUCAUCGCAUACACAUUCCUUGAUUUGGAAGUCGCUUCACAGGAAACUAAAGAGUGUAGAAGUUGGGGAACCGACCCUUACACCAAAAUGGAUUCUGUCAUCUUCUUCCAAGACUUGUGUGAUUUUUUUUUUCCCCUUUAUUAAUUUUUAUCAUCUAGCCUUGUUCACAACAAUCAAAAUAGCAGCAAAAUUCAAAUACAUUUGUUUGUUAAUGGAAGAAUUCGUGAGUUGCUGUUCUAUCGUAUCACCUGUAGAAGCGGAAAAAACAUGAAUGUAUGCAUAUUGUAGCUUGGCUGAUAACAUUGCACAUUGUGGUACUGCUAUGUGGAUAUUUGUUAGCAAUGACUGAUGUGGAAUCAACAUAUGCAGACUUUAUUGCUUCAGGAAGAACAGGUAGAAGAAAUGCAUUACAUGACAUCCUUGUGUCCUCUCCGGGUGGGAACUCCAGUGAACUAGCCUUAAAGUUAUCAGAGCUUGAUAUAAACAAAGCAGAAGGAGAAGGAGAUGCACAACGAAAUCCAAGUGAGCAAACCGGGGAGGCUCAAGGGGAGGCAGCAAAGCAAGAAAGCUGACAUCCAACUUUGACCGAGUGGAGCAGCUGCUGGAUGUUUUCAGGCUACAGGAGUGUGCUGGAACAAAUUUGUUUCCACGAGCAAGCUGGUAGAAAAGAAAGUGCAUGUGUCUUCACUGCUGGAAUCCACUCAACACAAUGCUAAAAUUCUGGGUACAAGCUGUGACAGAAGACAGAAUUUUCUCUACCUCUGUCAUUAGCAAUGGUUGAACAUGUAUUGAUUUUCUGGGAUAGUGUCAUCAGAUGGAUCCCUUCAUAAUGACUACUCGAUGGGAACACUUUUAGAAAGUAGAACAGGUAAAUCUUGUAGCAAAUGGCCUUUGAAGCAUCAGAGGAUCUAAUUGUGUAUCUUAAGCAAAGGCUUUUGUGAUCCUCAGAGUUUAAAAUUCUCUGGCCAAAGUGUUUGCCCAUUAUAAGAACUGUAAAGAAAACACUGUUUUUAGAACUUUGCAUCUGUUUUACAGCUCUGUUAUUUACAAUGGUUUUUGUAUUGUACAACUUAGAUGCUCCACACUGCCCCUUCUCAACUGCUUAUGAAGAAUAUUUCUGUUACUGUGAAUUUUUCUACCACACGUUUUGAAAGGGCUGGUUUUUUUGCAUAAGGUGGUGAUGUGCACAUGAUAGAUCUAAACGUCAACCGCUAAAUUGAUUAUGCCUAAACCUAAAUGACUCAGCAACACUCUAAUUUGUUACUAGAUGAGCCUUCAAAACGAUUUAUUAAUGUGAAUACUUGAGCGUGUGUUGUGUCCUUGGUACAGUUUUGCCACUCGCCUGUAGUUAGUUACACAUCAGAGACUCAAAUUGGAUCUUUUAUGUUAUUCUUGCCCAUUUUUCUAAUUUUGGUCCCAAUUUCUUAAUCUUUCUCUGAGAUAUUUUUUUAAAAUGUUAUUCCGAGUAUUUUAUUGUUAUGGUAGUUUUAAGGAUACAAUUAUAACCUUAUAUGGGUUAAAAUUCAAACGAAUUCCAUGGUGCUAGAGGUUUUCCUGAUUCACAUUGUAAAAGAUAGGCCUUGUUUACACAUGGGAAAAUAACUGGCAUAGGUUAUUGCCAAUUAUGUAUUCUGAAAUGAGUUUUAGAAUGCAGUAUAGUCCAAUGAGUGGCUCCUGGGCUGGAUCCAGCAAGGGGCUGGAUUUUUACUAUUCCUUGCCUUUGCCUCAGUUGACCAGGCUGCUGAGUUUGCACAGCCAGUAGCCUGCUACUGAUGCACCAGAACAGCCAAGUGCUAGAAUCUGCUACAGUAGCCUUGUGGCUUGGAGUUGGAAAGGGAGGUGAGAGACUUGGCAUCUAGCACCCAAAGACUAAGAUUUUUUUCCCAUUUCAUCUAUUCCAAAAUGACAGUCCAAACUGGGCCUUCAUCAAAAUACCAGGAUAGCUUGUCCAUCCAGGACAUCACUUAAAAUAUCUACAAAUUAAUAACCUGUUCUGCAGUAGCUAUUGCUGAUUGAUUUGUUUUUCCCCCUCGUCCUGCCCCAAUACACAAGGCCAUACAUGAGGCUGAAUGCUGCAAAAUGGGGCAGCCACACCUCUGUGUGACUAAGGUGAGUGAAGAGAGUGACUGAUAGUAAACCAUGGCAAUCACACAAGCACCAAUCACAAGGUCAGAAGAUUUGUUUUCUUUUAUUAAUAGGAGGUGAUGUCACUUUAUAUAUAGUAUAUAUAUAUAUUAUAUAUAUUUUUGUGUUGUUGGUUUCAAAUGUUAUGCACUUUUUAAUGUUUGUAAACUUUUACUAAUGAAUAGUGUGAUUGCUUCCUGAAUAUAUUAAUCAUCAGUUAACAAAACAUCUUUGUGGCCACAGCUGUUUGUUUCUACCAUAUGUAUCAUAGUACUUGUCACCUGAAAAUUUUUUGUGAGAUAUGUGGAGGAAAAAAACCCACUUCUGAUCAGUAUUAUGAGAUCAUUUAUUAGUGUUAAUAAAAACAAGCCAGCCGUAUGCUUGUGGCUCAUGCGUGUAAUAUUAACUCUCACCUUCUAGUGUUUGGAAGCUGAAUGCCUUGCUGUCUUAUUAGCUGUCAAAUGCCCUCUCUUCUUGGUAAGAGAAGUAGUCCAAUUGCUUUGGAAAUACUGUUAUCCUUAAACAAUUCUUAUUCAUUUGUUUCACUUGGUGUUCUUUUCAAACUUAACACAUUAUUAUUGACCUUUUUUAAAAUUAUUUCUCCCCCUUUUGCUCUUGCAUCAAGUCUUCAAGCUGAACUGGCUGCCCUUUGUCGUGGACUAGUUACUGUCAAUCUAGCACAAAUGCCAGAAGGAAAUAGGAUUCUAGAGUUUUUUUAUAGUGUUACUAUAUUGAUGAUCCAUGAAACAUCAUCAGUAAAUGUUGCAGAAAAAUGCAAUAGUGAAAUAAAUAUUUACAGUAUAUUAAAGUGAUGGUUUUCCUUAUUUUCCUUCACUGCUUUUCUUUAUUUUAGUAUACUUUCCUUCUUAAUUAUUUUGUGUUGUUAAAUAAAAUUAAUUUCAGCCUUUCCUCUCUGUUUUGUACCUGUUUCUUCUGUUUCUCAUCUUUUUUUGUUUCUUGUUUUUCAACAAAUUAUGGAGGCUUUUGCUGGUUUUUGAAACCCAUUUCUUUGUGAUGGAAAAUAGCGCUGUUAAUUUUAGUGGAGUAAAAGGCUAUUUAUGUUCCUCUUCCCCCAAAAGUGUAUAAGUGCUUGAUUUAUCACUUGAACUGUACUUGCUGUCUUAAUUUUGGAUAUUUCUGUAUCAUCUAUAAGCUAGCCUCACUUAAUGUAAACAUGUGGUUAGUCUGUGCCAAGUCACAGCACUGUAUCUUGAGUAUUAUUGUUACUAAAGCAAUUACAGAAGAGCUACUUUAAAUAUAUUCACACCUUUGCUUCUGUGUAAUUGCAUCAUAUACCAGGGACACUGAUGGCAGAACCAGACGUUGACUGGGUUGUUUUUGCUUUUGUUAGUUAUCUUUUUCAGUUCACCUGAUACUCUGGCUUCUCUUCCAGUAUCUUCUUUCUAUUUUAUUGUGUUCAUGAUAGUUAAAUGUCUGUUUAACCCAUGCUUAUCUUAGAAAGAUCUUCACAAAAAGCUAUAUAAACACAAUAAAGCCAGGUCUGGAAUAUCA